AUGGUGCUCACCCGUAAGAGCGCGGGCCUCGCCCUCUUGUUCCUCGGGCUUGCUGCUAGGCAAGCCUCGGCUGUCACCUCCUGCCUCGACCUCAUCACCGCGGUUGACGCCAUCUUCGAUACAGGGACGAUAGAGCUCGAGGGCGGCUUUACCUGCGACAUAUUCAUCACGGUCACUGCUGGCCAGGAUGUCACCAUCAGCGGCGCCUACACGAUCACCAUCGGCGCGGGGUUCGCCGGCAGCACGGGCGCGGACGGCAGCCUGUUCGUGAAUGAGGGCGGGCUGAAGCUCGACGGCAUCACAUUCGCCACGGAAACAACGGAUGGGAACCGCGCUGUCUGGAACGUCGGAACGCUUUCGGUGGAAGGCUGCACCUUCGAACUUUACCCGACCGGAGCAUUUCUUUCCAGGGGCGGUGUGAUUUUCGAAGCUUGA